GGCAACACAAUCAGUGAGCUGUCACAUUUCCGUUCGGAUCGGGUGAUUCUUGGAUUUUGCUCGUUUUUCUUAGUUUUCCUACAAAUAAGUGUAAAAUAACAUAAAAAUGGCCAAGAAGACUUACGAUUUAUUGUUCAAACUGCUCCUCAUCGGCGACUCCGGCGUGGGAAAAACUUGCAUUUUAUUUAGAUUUUCGGACAACCAUUUCACGACCACUUUUAUUUCCACUAUCGGUAUCGACUUCAAGAUAAAGACAGUGGAACUGCGGGGUAAGAAGAUAAAGCUGCAGAUCUGGGACACGGCGGGGCAGGAGCGCUUCCACACGAUCACGACAUCGUACUACCGCGGCGCCAUGGGCAUCAUGCUUGUAUACGACAUCACCAACGAGAAAACAUUUGAUGACAUUGUGAAGUGGCUCAGAAAUAUAGACGAGCAUGCAAACGAGGAUGUUGAGAAGAUGAUCCUCGGCAACAAAUGCGAUAUGGAGGAGAAGCGUGUUGUCAGCAAGGAGCGUGGAGAGGCGAUAGCGCGGGAGCACAGCAUCCGCUUCAUGGAAACUUCGGCAAAAGCUAACAUUAACAUCGAGCGCGCCUUCUCCGAGCUGGCAGAGGCUAUCCUUGACAAAACUGCAGGCCGUGGCACCGACAGUGACGCCGCCCGCAUCGCCGUGGAGCGCCGGCCGUCGCGCGCGCCGCAGCAGCGCGCCUGCUGCACGUAGGGCGGCCCGGCGCGCAGGGGCCAAGGGAGGCCGCCGCCGGCCCCGCCCGAGGCCGCCGCCGGCCCCGUGAGGCCGCGAGGCCGGGAGUGGUAAAGUGGUCGCGCACCGUUCAGCCGGAUAAUUAUCAACGACAUUUUUGUGGCCACAAAACUACAUCGCCGUUACUACACUGGGUUCGUUUAAGGGACAGUACAAGUCUUGGGUUACCAAUGUAGUCGUGGCAUUUUUUUGCAUAAUAUUUGGAACGCUUUCAUGGUUGAAACUUUGGGAUAAAUACGAAAAUAAUGUCUACAAAUAUUUUUACCGGAAAAUUGUACCGUUCCUAAAAUGAGACUCGGAACAAGCAAUUUAUUUUUAAUAGAUAAACAGUUUUGUACACACUUUAGGCCACUUUAAAAUAGUAAGAAGUGCAGCGGGCGGUCAGACAGUAGCUUUCGAUAAUAUUUAUAUGUAACUGUAUAGGUAAUGCUUUAUUAUGUUAAAGCAGGGAUAGACAACCUAUGUCAAAAUCAGGUCAAUUUAUUAUGUCCAUAUAAUUUUGGUGGUAGGUAAUGUUCACAUGUUUUAAAAACAAGUUAAAAAGGUUGGUCAUCCGUAAGUUAGAGCUUGCGUACAGCGAGUGGUCGUCUAGUCGCACUUCGGUGCCGGGCUUACUUGGAAGCGGUCGCUUGGUUUGGUGUUAGGUUUGUCAUGUUUGCUGACGUAUAAAUUUUACUAACAGCAACACAUUUAAAUGACUAUUACCAAAAAAAAUCUUAUCGAAAAGUAACAUUAGUAUUAUUUUCAUGCCUUAGGUGUGCGCAUAUACAUCGUCAAUUAAGUGUGUUGGUGAAGAAAUAAAAAGCAUUGUUUUUCAAAAUAGUGUCGCACUACCUUGCGUUUUGUGCUUAUUUUUUUAGGUUAUCAAAAAAAAUGCACGUUUAUUUUAGUACUUAUAGUCCAAACACGCCGCUUUGUAAAGUAAAUGUCAUAAUAUUGUACGGUGUUAGACGGUUAAGGUUUCUCGACUACAAUCUCUGCAACACGACGAUCUGUCUGUACAUAAUUGCUGGAAAAUGCGCUUUAUGUCAAUCGUUUAAGGUUCAUAUCGGAGGCGAAACGAUUAUAUAAGGAUAACACGCAUGUUUUAGAUUUUUCUAAGCUAUCAAUUAUUAGUCUUAAAUUCUACCUUAUUGUUGUGUAUACUAUGUGUAUGUCAAGCGAGAGAAUGUUUAUAUUGCUCGCGUUUUCGGAUAUGUGGAUGUGCAGAUAAAAAGGACCUUACGUACUGUUACUUAAAGCAUUUUUUACCUGGACAGACUCAUAAUGUUAAGAUUUAUUCAGUUAAUUAUUAAAGUAAUGAAAUGUGUAUAUUGUGCAAUAAAUAAUCAAUAGCUUGAAAGAUAUCGUAUCUCCAGAAAAUCAAUGUAAUGUUAUAAUGUAUUUUGAUUGAAAAGUUGAAGGGAUGCACUGUAAGGGUAUGUUUACAUUGAGCUAUUAGUUUGAAAUACGACGUGAAGCGGGAGUAAUGUCAGUAACUAAAGUAGCUACAGUUGUCCUGACAAAGAUUAUCUGCACAUGAUAUUAUUACAGUUGACUGUACUUACGAGUAUAAACUUUGUGCCAAUGUAAAUGUACUUAAUACUUUUAUAAGUUGUCUGGACAUUACUCAUGAAAAGCAGAUGAAGAGCGAUUUGGCAAACAAAACAUUUUAAAACGGUGAUAUUUUAUGUAUGUAUAAUGCGUAGAAUUAUUUAAACUGCUUUGUAAGAAAAUAAAAGGAACAUCUAUAAAAACGACUUGCUUUUCAGUUUUUAAAAGCUUGGCAAAUCCGAGCCAAGAAUCUUGAAAACGAAUACCAUCUUCCCCGGGGCUUUCUAAUAAUCUAAUUUCUGAUUUAUUUUUUGUUAUUCACACGUGUAUAAUAAUGUAAAAAGAGAAUAGUUUUAACCAGGUUUGGGAUCGGAUUUCCUUAUGUGGAUGUAGUAAACACGCAAAAAUAUAAAAUCCUACAUCAAAAACUACUGGUACGAACAGCAACAUACCCCACUAACCUGUAUGUCUUAUUUCAUUGAUAUGAUGUUGAAAUGGUCAGAUACGUUUGGUAAUGUAAGUAGUAAUUCAGAGCAUUUUUUUACCGCUACAACUUUUUUUUAUAAAACGCAAUAGUAAACUAUAUUAGAAUGUAUUAAGGUUAAUUUUAUACUGUAUUCUGCGUCGGCCAAGGCCGACUGGGGGUCAAGGUCAAUAUUGUCAACAAAAUGAUAAGAUUUCAUACAUGUUUUACUUAAUUUAUGUUAGUACCGGACCAAGCCCUGACUUGUAUUGUGGCUGGUCUUGCUUGUUACUUAAUGCAUUUUGCGAAGACUGCAUGUGAAAGUGGCUAAGACACUAGACUGAAAUCAAUACAAAUUUUAUAUUUUUACAAACAGUACAUACGAAAAACUAGACGAGAAUUGUACCUUCUCAAUAAUAAUAAGCACGCAGCGUGGCGACAAUAAUAUUAAUUGCGUUGUGGUAUAUUUUAAGGUGUUGAGCGACGCCCAUAUUUUUACAACCGAAGAUAACAUUAACUAUUUUCAAACUGAUUUUAGCAGGAGACUAGGAAAUGUCGGCAAUGGAGCGUUCGAUUGAUAUAGGCAGCUAUUUAUUAAUUUACAGUACAUAUGGGGCUACUUUAUAGCACUAGUGCGAGAAGUAGCAUAUUACGUUACUGUGUCGAACAUUUAAAGGGCCAUAUGUACUGUAAAACGUUGUACGAUACAUGUGCGAAUAGGUAAUUCGCAACUCGUGUCGAUUUAAAACACUCCCUUCGGUCGUGUUUUAAUUUAUCGCCACUCGUUUCGAAUUUCCUAUUUUUCGCACUUGUAUCGUAAUGUACUAGUCUAGUGUCUGGCCAAUUUUAGAGCAACAGUAACAUAUCCCUGAAGCAAUACUGCGCGUGAGUUAGCUUUAGAUCAUCGAUAAACUGAAAGUCGGUGGUUUAAAUCAUUGCUAUUUAAAAUUAUGUCUUAUCACAACAUUAUAUGUCAUCAUUUUAAAUGUCAAGGUUAUGACAAUAUGCUUUGCUUUUAUAGCAUUGAUUUAUUAUGAAUUUUAUUACCUGUCUGUAUUUUUAUCUUCCGAGAUUGUAUUAUAUUAUGUAUGCACUGAAAAGCUUUUAGAACUGUGAGAAGUAAUUCUGUAAUAGUGCUAACAGACGGACGGACCGGACCACGACCUUGGUUCGGUCAGCUUAUCUGUUUACUGUAGCUGCGUCCUUAACGAACGUACAUCGAACCACCUUCCGCUCGAUCGCACAGGCCUCGGACCUUACCAAAGUCGCGGUCCGGUACGCCACGCCCGUCUGUUAGUGCUUUAAGUACGGUCAGUCUGACAAGUUAUUCAUGGAAUUUUGAAACCCUGACAAUUAUUUAUAAAUUAAUUUUGAAAUUUCAUUGUCAUUGAUGUAAGGUAAGGUUCAAAAUAGUCUAUUUAUUCAAUUUGUCUUACCAUACCCCAACCCCGAAAGUUCUGUCAACAGCAAAAGUAUCACUAAUUUGUGACGCUCCAUGCCUAAACGGUCCUUAUGCACAUGGAGCAUGAGGGCCCUUUAGGUAUGGAAUGCCACAUUUAGUGCAGAAAAUUCUCCACGCAGGAUAUGAUUUGAGCUGAUCAUAUCAAAAAUAUUAUUCCGACUUACUUUUGCUGCUGACUCUACCGUUAAGAAAUGCGUGUUAUACAUUAGGGUGACUUGUCAAAUAUUUGAUUUUAUUUUGUAUCGUGCGAACUUUAUGUAAUAAUUCAGAAUUUUCAGCAAUUGCUAAAUAUACGUAAACUUAGGAUUCGCUCGAUAAGAAAUGGAAUGGAAAAUUUGACAUAAUAAUCGGCGUCGCACCUUAAGUCCUAUUUUAUCGCACGGUGUAUGUGUCGUCGGUUUUACAUGCUUUUAUAAAUAAACAUCUGCAUUGUAUAUUACGUUCAUAUUAAACUACCUAUCGUAA